AUGAAUUUAUUAUUUUUGGCUAUUGUGACUGGAAUUCAUGUUUAUUUUGGUCGUUGUGAAACAAUUAUGGAUGACAAUAAUAUUUUAAAAUUAGAUUAGUCGAUUCCCAAGAAAAUUUUGGAAAAUUUACUUUUAAUUUCAAUUAUAGCUUUAAAAUAAUCAAAUCAAUUACAAUCCUUAAGAGUCAUAUUAUUACUUCUUAAAUAUUUUUUGUAUAUAAUAUCAUCAUUAAAAUGGAUAAAUGAGAAACAUUUCCUAAUAAUUGAAUGUAUUUCUUCAGUUAUUACUGUUGGAAUUGUACUGAAAUUAGCAUUUUUUGAUAUUUUAUUGAUUAGUUUAUUACUAGUAUCAAUACUUUAAUAAGUUUAAGAUUAUGUAUUAUCAUUCUAUAUCACUACAAAAGAAUAAGACAAUUUUGUUACAAUUUAAGUAUUCUAAAAUAUUUAAUUAUAUUUAGAUAAUAGAAGAAUGCUUAAACAUGGGUACCAAUUCAAAACAUGCUAUCAUCCUUAGAACUAUAACUAAUAAUCAUAAUUGUCCAAGAAAAACAAAAAAAGUUGAAACAAUAACAGAUUGUUUAUUAAGAAAAAUGGCAAACACAAAGGAUUAAUCUAAUAAAAAUAGAAACAUAUUAAUAUAUUGUUAAUAUAUAGCUAAUAAUGCUCCAUUAAAGGGAUUAAUUAAAUUAAUCACUGUUAAAACUGAAGACAUUUAUCAUUAAUCUUCUUAUGCAAAUUUAUGUAAUCUAUUGAAUGAUAGAGUUAAAUAAUUUUAAUAAGAAGCUUAAUAAAUUAAUGGAAAGAAGAGUUCUAAUGAACAUUCCAAUAAUCUAGAUGCAGAAUCUGCAUUUACUACUACUAAUUCAAAUGAUAUUCUUUUUCCAAUUCUAAGUAAGGCUUUAAAUGCCAAAAUCUAAUUUUGGAAUAAGUUAAUUAAUGGAUAUCAAGAAAUAGACAAUCUAUUAGGGGAUACACUUUAGACAACUGAAAAGAUGUUAAAAUGCAAAUUAUAAUUUGAAGAAAGAUUCGAUAUUGAAAACAUGAAAUUAAAAAAUGGGAGAUCAACAGAUGUUCUUACAAUGAGAAUUUUAUAAAUAUAUUAUUCUGGAAUUUAUACUAAUUCCUAUCUAGCUUAUAUGUUAGAAAAAUAGAUAGAAGACUUAUUAAAGAGUGAGCGAUUUAAAGAAGAAGAAUCAUUAGAUAAUGUACAAUUAGUGGAAAGUAAGUAUUUUUAAUACUAGUAUUUUAGAUAGAAUAAUAAUAUUGAAAACUAGUUUAGUUAGAAAAAGAGGAGAACUAAUUGAUGUCAAUAUUAAGUAAUUAAGUUAAUUCUUAAAUGAAAAAGAUGAAGCAAUUAAGCACAUAAAACAUUGCACAUAAUUGAUGCCUAAAUUUUUAGCUUAGAUUCAUGACAAUUUGAUGGACAAUUAUACUACUAAUGGUUAUUCAAGACUAAUGAUUCAUGGAGAAUCUAGUUUUUAUGAAUUGUUGUCUGGAUACUUGGAACCAUGCAAUAUAAAUUUAUAUAACUUUUAUGAUAAUGAAUAGGAUUUCAUACUAAACAUGAUUAUGACCAAAGUCUAAUCCAAGAAUGAAACAAUUCUAUUUGGGGUAGAUGGGAGAAUUUUAGGAUUUACUAAAUAAUUUUAUGAAGAGGCCUUUAAAGAUUAAACAAUUAGUUCUCGUCAAUUACUUUCAGUUUAAGAUUUAUUGAUUAGAAUGCCAUUAAUAGCAUAUUAUAUUCCUUAAAUUAUAAGUUAAACAUAAGAAUUAUAAGCUUAAAUAAACUCGUCAUCAAAUUAUUUACUCAAUAAUUUAAAAUCAUAAUGGAUUAUACCUGAUAAUCAUAUGGAAUGUUUAUAAACAUCAACAUUAAUAUUAUCUUAGUUUAAAAAGAAACAAGACAAUUCUAAUUUUAAAUCUCUUAAAUCUUAAACUUAAUCAAGAUAUUCUCAAUAGUCCUAAAACACACAAAUUGAAAAUUAUGAUGAUAAAGACUUCUCCAAAGAUUUAAAAAAUUAAAUUAUGAUUAGUGAAAACCCUAUCAUAUUAUUGCAUCCUGAAUAUAAUGAAUUAAUAACACGUUAAAUAACGUAUAAUAAUAAUUAGAACUCUUCACUUGAAAUUCAUUAUAGUCUCUAAUAUAAAACUCUUAAAUUUAAAAAAGGGGAAUUUGGCUUCUUCUAAUUAUCUAUAAAAGAAUAUAAAAAGUGGUCCACGACAUUAUCAUAAGUAGGAGCACCAACAAAUUAAACCACUUUGGAUAAUUAAUAGUCGGUAAAUGUGAUUAGUGAUAAUGGAAUGAAAAGUAGAUCUUAAUAAAUGAGUAAUGUAAAUUCAGAAAUUUCAGAAAAAUUUGAAGAAGGUCUGAAAGAUAUAAAAUAAAUUUAAUAUUUUAACUCAAGUUUAUCACAUUUUAAAGAUAACAAUAAUAGUGCAAAUUAAUCUAAAUUAUAAUCAAUUUCAAAUUCAAGAUUAAUAGUUUAAAAAUUAGGCAAUACUGAAAGAGUGUUUGAAUCAGAAUAAUAAACAGUUGGUUAUAUAUCUCUUGCUACUAAUACAAAAAGAUGCAAUUCAAAUUUAUUUUUACAAUCUUAAUUUUCUUUAUAGCCAUAAUAUGUUUAACCAAAAAUUUUUGAUAAAAGGAUAUUAGAAGAAGUGAAUGAUAUAGAAAAUGAAAUGAAUUAUAUUGAAAAUUAGGAGUAGCUUAAAGAAUAAUUGUAAAUUGAUAGAAAAAACCAAAUCAUUUAAGAUGAGGAAGAUUAGAUAGAUAUCGUGCAAUCAAAUAGUUAGAGUGAAAAAAAGAAAUCCAACAUCUUGGAAAAAUUUUAAAAAUCAUAAUUAAAAAAAUAAAAAGAUAAUUUUGGAGAUUUUUAAUCAAAUCCAUCAAGAACUUCAACAAGUUCAACUUCAAAAGAGGCACUUACAAUUGUGCAAUAACUUUAUGAUAAUAAAAAAUUAAUUAACCCUCUUAAGAAAAUUUCAUUAGUAUUAAUAUUAAUCUGUUGUGGUGUUUUGACUAUUAAUAUUAUUAAUGUUAAUGAAAUAGAAAAUAAUUUAUUAACUUAAAUUGAUCAGAUCAAUAAUGUUAGAAAACCUUUAAACAUAAAUUUUUUUUAUUUUGGUGUAUUAUUUUAGUAAUUAUGUUAAUUACUUCAUGAUAAGAAUAUUUUAGAGCUGAGUCCAUUUUUAGCCAAUAGACUUUAAGAAUAACUUUUCAUAAUGUAUGAAUAUGGGAGAGAAAUUAUGUUUGAUCAUAUAGUUGAUGUUCCCAUUUUGGCAAAAACUCUGGAUAUAACUACAUUUCCAUGUAAAAUAAUAUAAAAUAAUGAAAGAGUAACGUUAAACACUACUCUGCAUGAAUUUUAUUCAAUAUAUUUUGAGCUUGCUGAAGAUCUAUUCAGAAGAAAUUUAAAAUGCACUAAAGAUUGUGAUUAUUCUGAUUUCUAUACACAUGGCUUUCUGAGACAAAAUUUAGUAAUUAUGAUGGAAUUUCAUGAUUAAUUAAUUGAUUAAAUUACUCAAGUUACUCUAGAAACAUAAAAUGAAGUUAAAGGAGAUUUCUUAUAAAUAAUGCUAGCUGAAAUGUGUGUUAUCUUAUUUUUGGUUGGAAUUUAACUUAAAAUCUGGCUAUUUGUUGAUUAAAUAACUAAACAUAUUUUAUUUUUGAUAUCAAGAUUAAAUGAAAUUUAAGCAUUUGAUUAGAUAUAAAAAUUAUCAACUAUUAAAUAUUACAUAGAUUUAGAAACCAAUAAUUAAUGGAAGAUGACAAAUUUUUCUGAUCUUAUGUUCAAAUAUUCAGAUAAAAAAAAAGUUUAAAAGGCUGUUCUUAUAAGUUAAAAGGAAACUGAUAAAAUUAAUACUAAUUACAAAUCAACCACUGCAUUAUACUCAAGAAUCUAAAAGACUUAUUAUAUAAACAGAGUUAAUGUUAUUCUUACAUUUACCUUAGCCUUGACUUGGCCUUUAUAUUUAAUGACUGGAUAUUUGAUUCAUAUGUAAAAUAACAAUGACUUCUAGCCAUCUUUAGAGGUUACAUUAAGCAUGGUAUAAUUUAGACAUAAUAUGGAUGCAGCUGUUAUUUUAGCUGGUAUAAUAAAAACUGAGAAUUUGUUACCUAAUAAUAAUCUCAAUUUUAUUAAUUAAACCUAUAUCAUAGAAUUAUUUUUAUUUCUUAAGAAUAAUUUAUCACCUAUCAUAAAUAAUAUGGCUACUGUUGUAUUAGAUAACGCUAAUUAAAAUAACGAAAAAAGUAGAUUUGAUGAUUUAUUGAAUAAUGAUCUAUGUAUAUCUAGUAAUUCCACUGUUUUACCAAUGUGCGAACCUCAUUUAAUCUAACUAUAAUAUGAUGAGUAAUCAUAAAAUUUAUUUUAUAGCAAAGACGAUUAUAGCGAUAUUACUAAAAAUGGGGCUUUGGGAUUUGUUGCAGGAUUCAUUAAGUUUAUAAAUUAGGAUUUCAACAUUGAAUUUACUACUUUAUUAUAUAAUCCCAAUGUAACAGAAAAUCAAUAGGAAGUCAAUUCUUAGUAAUUCAAUAAUUAUUUGAUAUCAUAUUCUACUGAUAUUUUAUAAAUAAUGCGAAAAUUUCUGAUUUUGCUCUAAGAAGAAAAUAUAUCGAUAGCUAAUUAAAUUAUGUCUAUUAUUUAAGCAUAUUAUUUAGGCUUAGGCAUAAGGUAUUAAAUUUAAUUACUUAUAGUAUAUUUUUGAUAUAUUCAAUAACUUCUAUAUUAUGGGUUUAUUUAGCUUAAAAAUAGAUGAAUUCUUUAAGGUAAAUUUUAGUUUUGAUCCCAGUUGAUUUGAUUCUUAGUGCUAAUAUUAGAAGUUAAGCAAAAGAGAUUCAUGGUUGGCUAUAUUCUUGA